UCUCGCGUGAUUUCACUCGGUGGUACGUCACUCGCGCCCGGAAGUGUUUUGUAGUAGCGGAACUGUUGAGCUGUUGUUGUGUUCAGUAACAGUAUAAAACUACCAUUGUGCGUUUUAACGAGACCAAAAACAAUUAUCCUAGUAUAUUUUAAAGCUAUUUGUUAAAUAGAGCUGUCACUCUACACAGCAACUUACGUGUCUGACGCUAUUCAAAAUCAUUUUGGCCUUUGUUUUGACAACUCGAUGCAGUCUAAAGCUAGUUAGCAUGUAAGCUAGCUGACAAACUAUGGUUCACUGACAUUUGUUUGGAGAGAGUCUAGCAUUCUAUCGUCCGACAACUAACUACGACCUGAAGUCUGAAUCGUAUAAAAAUAAAAAACAAAAUUCUCCUGCCUUAUAAGGUACUUAGCUAACGCUUAUUAGUCAGGAACGUUAGUCAGUCAGUCAUACAGCAAGACGGAUAAGUAUGUCUUGAACCAACCGGUACCGGUAUAUGCUUUGUUGAAGUUGACUGUGACAUGUAUGGCUGCGUACCACUUUCUAAGAGUUGCUCAUCUAUUGAAGAAAGGACUACCCAAGAAACAAGUUUGGACAAAACCAAAAAACCCCUCGUUGGUGUUGUCAGCUCAAAUUGUAUUAAUGACUGCUCUGACAGACUUUGAACCUUUGGCAAAGAGACUCAGGGUUGAAACCAGUGCCAGGACGUCCCCUUCAUCUUCUCUCAAAGUCCCAUCUUUAUGUAUGCAGAGCACAGAAAAUGAGACGGUAGAUCAAGAAAGGAGGCAAAACAACACAGAGACGAGGAUGGAUAUACGGCCAAAGACUGGCGCAGAUGGUUUGCGAGGUGUAAAAACGAAAGGUUACCAUCACAGAGUUGGCCCCAGACAGCAACAGAAGGUCAGAAAUACUCUUGAGCGAUGGUUGGUUAAGCCUUCAAACAACCAACAUACAGCUGAAGUAUCCCAAACCCAAGAGGAUGUUGAAAUGACCGAUUACGGUGGCUUUCAAAGCACCUCAGCUCAGUCUCUGGACUGCCAGAAUACUGAAAAACCUGCUGUUUCUAGCUCAGAUGAAGAAACCCAAGUCUUGACAUCACAAGACCUAGAUGAAGACAAUCCUGUGUCACCAGCUCCCAAGGAUUCUCCAGGGAGUGAUCUUAUUCAGGCUCUGAACCACGAUGGUGGUGGAUUAGAAAAAGAAGAAAGUGAGACAUGCCCAGCAAGCUCAGAGGGAUCUGUCAAACACAAUACCAAAAUAACAGAUUUCUUUUCAGGGACCUCAUCACCAGCUUUACCUGUGAGACGUGGCAGGCCUGAUAGGUCUCUAGGGAAAUCAGAUGCAGACAAGAGAAAUACUGCUGUCGUCAAGCCUGAUGUCAAAUGGCUGGGGACACCAAUCACCGAGCUGAAGAGAAUGCCUGAAUGUGGCGGACCGCUUCCACCGCUGAAAGAUAUUCCCGACCAGCACACUGUGAUGAUAAGGACAGACCUUCUUCAGAAUGGUCAACUUCCUGUUCCAUAUCCUGCUAAGUUUAAGGACACCUGGGAUGAUGUCCACGUCAAGAUGCCCUGUUCCAGUCAGAACCUGUUUCCUGUAGAAGAUGAGGAAACUCGAGAACGGCAGAAUAAGAGUCGGUGGGAGUUGAUCCAGGAAACUUUAAAAAAGAAACUUACAAAUCCACACGAGCUGAAGAGUGCAAUAUUGAAAUACAGUGCCUCAAACGCCAAGAAAUGGGACUUCACAGCAUUACAAUUGUAUUGCACAAAGGUCCUGGAGCCUGAUGCAGCCGAACAUCUGUUUGGCUCCCUGCUGCCAGACAUGGUGCAAUUAGCAUUGAGAGCAUCUGAGCUCUGUACCAAGCCAAUACCCCUCCUCAAGAGAGGCAUGAGCCACUCCAUCACCAUGUCUCAGGAGCAGGUGGCAUGUCUGCUCGCCAACGCCUUCUUCUGUACCUUCCCCCGACGCAACUCCAGAAAGACUGAAUACUGCAACUACCCAGACAUCAACUUCUUCAGGCUGUUUGAGGGAUUGUCGUCAAGGAAGACUGAGAAGCUGAAAACCCUGAUGUGCUAUUUCAAAAGUCUCACUGAGGAAAAGCCUACAGGACUUGUAACAUUCACACGAAAAAGAUUGGCUACACCUCCGAAUUGGAAAAGCUCACAGGCUCAGCUAACAAAGCUCCACAUUACUUGUGAAGGGACCAUUGAGGAUGAUGGUCAUGGAAUGCUUCAGGUGGAUUUUGCCAAUCAGUUUGUGGGAGGAGGAGUCACCAGUUCUGGUCUAGUUCAAGAGGAAAUCCGUUUUCUAAUCAACCCUGAGCUUAUUGUGUCUCGCCUCUUCACUGAAGCCCUGGAUCAUAAUGACUGUCUAAUCAUCACAGGAACACAGCAGUAUAGUCAAUACACAGGCUAUGCUCAGACCUACCAGUGGAGUGGGAGCCACCAGGACACAACUCCAAGAGACGGGUGGCAGAGAAGAUGCACAGAGAUUGUGGCCAUCGACGCGCUGCAGUUCAGGAGCUUCCUUGAACAGUUUCGCCCAGAGAAAAUCAACCGAGAACUCAACAAGGCCUACUGUGGCUUUGCGCGCCCUGAGGAUCAAAGACAAAACCUUGCAGCGGUGGCUACAGGGAACUGGGGCUGUGGGGUUUUUGGGGGUGACACACGUCUGAAAGCUCUGCUCCAGAUGCUGGCAGCUGCUGAGGCGGGCCGAGAUGUGGCUUAUUUCACCUUCGGUGACAGCCAGCUCAUGACAGAUGUCCACAACAUGCACUCUUUCCUCACUCAGAGGAAGAUCAGUGUCGGGGAGGUGUAUGAUCUCCUGGGGCAGUACAGCUCAGUGUGCAAGAGCUGCCACAGUCGGCGCCCUGAUGUCAGCCUCUACUCCUUCAUCUACCAACAGGUCAGCUCCUCCCUGGCGCCAGAUGACUCCGACAGGGGCUCGGCCAGACAACACGUCCCCGCAGACUGCCGUUGAGGUCAGGUGGCUGAUGAGUCACCGUGCCUUACUGUCGGAAAACGAAACACUUGCCAAAUUAAAACAUUCUCUGCUUGCCUUUAGCUUUAUUUUUUAAAUCUCAUCUUUGUUUGUUAGGCUACUAAUUAAUAGUUUUGGAUGGACCAAAUAUGGUUGUCCACCACUGGCAGUUGAAAAUGAAAAUCUAGCAUUCGGAUCCUUUUCAAGAAUAACUGAGCAGCGGGAGGUGAUUAGUUAUGACCCUGUCUGGCGCUGCAGUCCAAGCUGUGUUGAUUUUGCUGCUGCUGGUAAUGCGCCAAUGGAUUGAGCUUCAAUACGACGCAAUCCUGAUUUUAAUGGUGCAGCAAAGGUUGCCAUCCAUCUUCUGAGUUUGUCAUGUUGCCUUUUUUUACACCCACACAUAUCCAGCCUAAUUGAAUUGGCUGUCAGAAAUCAAGUUAAAGUAAAAGAAUAACAAGAACAGGGUUUGGAAAGCUUGGAGGAGGAAAAAGGUUUGAUUUAAAGAGCAGACUGGCGCUUUGGGAAAUAACCUCUUAGUUUCUGCAUUUGUAUCAUAAUUGGAGUUGCAAUUGAAUACAUUUUUUGGGAUCUUUACUAUGUAUGUGAUACACGUGCCAAAGAGCCCAGUUAAUGCACUUAAUUUGAUUUGUUUGUUUCUGUAUUUUACAACUGAUAUCAGUGUAAAUCUGUUAUUCGUAGGCUUUAAUUAUAGUUGCGUAGCUACACUUGAACUAAAAGUGAGGAAUUCUGAUUGUUUUCUGGAAUAAAAUCAGUUUUGAGUCAAUGUAAUAUUCAAAUUUUUAAUAGUGCCUUUGUUUUAUUCUGAAGCACCAUUUGAAUGGAGCCCCAAAUGUCUCGGAACAAUGAGGAAUGAGAGCUUCUUGUCCCAUGAACAAAAUGAGUUUCCACACAGCCUCGCCAUUUAUCUUUAGCCGGCACUUGCUUCACCCUUUCACUCACAGUUUAAUAAGGUCAUACCUUUUAUAUAAACUGUACAUGACACCUCAUUAAGUAAAGAGUAGAUCAUAGAACAUCCAGUCAGCGGCGAGAGUCAGGCAGUGGGUCUCCCUGGUUGAUUUUUCUGUCUGUUGAAACACUGCUCGAGUUGAACCGAGAAGAAGAAGCUGCCUUUGAUCUUUGGCAUUUUGGAUUCAGGUUUGAAAAUUGUUUUAAGCAACAUGCAUAUUUUGUUACGUUUGUGGACAUGUAAAAAAAACCUUGGCACACAAUGCAAUUUAAGCUAUUUGACAAUGGGUUCACAGUAUUAAAAAGACACCACACAACAAAGUAUGUUUAACCUAGCCUACAUAUUUGAUGGAAAGUGAGUGAACACCCUGUUUGAUGCUGUAUUGUUUUUAGCCUUGUAUGGUUUGUUGAUUAUAAACAGCUUGAUUAAUA